AUGGUCUCGCGCAGUGCAGCAUUGCAGAACGACGCGGAGCUCUAUCUCAACAGACUAAAGGCACAAGGCUGCAGGGUUAUCCUCAAAAAUUGCAAUAUUGCUAACGAGGGUGAAAUUUCUGGGGUGCUUAGCGAGUGCGCUUCGAAAUUUCCAAAUAUAAAGGGUGUGAUUCAAGCGGCCAUGGUAUUGCAGGACUCUGUAUUCGAGCACAUGAACUUUCAACAAUGGCAAAAGGCCGUUCACCCCAAAGUAGCAGGCACCUACAACCUUCACAGACAGCUUGGUGUUGAGUUGGACAUUUUUGUUAUGCUUUCUUCUUCAACUGGUGUAGUCGGCAACACAAGCCAAGCAAACUAUGCAGCUGGGAGGACUUUCGAAGACGCAUUUGCCAGGUAUCGCGCCUCGCAGGGCUUGCCUGCAGUUUCUCUUGACCUGGGCAUGGUGAAAUCUGUAGGCUAUGUGUCCGAGACCAAAGGAGUAGCCGAACGUUUGGCAAAGCUAGGAUGGAGACCGCUGGGAGAGCAGGAGGUGUUUCACAUUCUCGAAACAGCAAUGCUUCAUCCACGACGAGACCCAAGGUCUAGCCAAAUCAUAACCGGUCUUGAGGCUCUGGAGAACGACGACGACAUCGUAUGUCGUCGUGAACCACGAUUCUGGACUCCGAAGCAUCAACACAAUCAAAGACACAACUCAACCACCGGCAACCGCUCAAACGAUUCUAUCACGCUCCAAGAUGGCCUCUCUAACGCAGAAUCGUCGGAGACAGCUGUUGCGCUGGUCACAGGCGCAGUCAUUGGCAAACUAUCAGCUAUGUUCAUGCUCCCAGAUGACGAGAUCAAAGACUCGGCACCAUUGUCCCACUACGGCGUGGACUCUCUAGUUGCCGUCGAGCUCAGGAACUGGCUGAACACACAUGCCGACUGCGAUAUCUCCAUAUUCGAUGUGCUUCAGAGUAUAUCGUUGAAAGCGCUUGCGGGCAAGGUCGUGGAGAGGAGCAAGCACGUGGUGAAUGGCAAAUCCUGGGGUUCCCUAAAUUUCGUGGGGUACGGGAUCAUCUGUCGCUGCUUUCGGUACAAAAGAAUAUUUUAG